AACGUCAACAAGUCGGUGGCUGUCUUACAUAUCACCUUAAGCAAGCUUGCUUACGACCGCACCACAUACCCGAUCAACAUCGCAUCAAAAGCUAACACAUGCAACAACAAAAAGAUGAUGUCUACACAAGACACACAGUAUUACAUACAAAACAAACCAAGCGAUAUCAAAUUGCAGUCGAUUUUACUACCAGACUGAAAAGCAAGACUUGGGCAACUAUAAAGUGAAA